CAAUCGCUGCAGGGAGCCAUCAAGGAGUUUCAAGCCAUCCUCACAGAUAAACAACGACGUGAAUUACGCAAAACGACAGCCAUUCCUGACGCUGACAGCAUCCUUAUCUUCACUGCCCAACUCGACUCCACAAACAGGAAUCGAAAAGGUCCAAGUAUCGCCAGCAGACUCCACUCAGUCUUGCAAUCUGUCCGGGACUUUUGCAGUGUUAUUGAUACGUUUGUAUCAACGCACCCAGAGAUCGCUGCUCUUAUCUGGGGCAGCGUAAAGCUAACGAUGCAGGCAAGUUUCUGUGUUAUUGUGAACUAUGCAUCGUAUUACGAGGCAAUCUCUGAUCUGUUUAUGAAGCUUGGCAAACUCUACCCACUCUUCGCCGAAUAUCAGAUAUUGUAUCCUGCUUCAGCAAGACUACAACAAGCUUUAGUCAAUUUCCACACAUCUAUUAUUUCUUGCUGUAAACACGUGGUAGAGGCAAUUCGACGUCCAUGGCAGAACCAAGUUAUUCAGGCUUUCUGGAAAUCCUUCGAACAAGAGUUCAGGCCUGAUAAGGACAACAUACAAAGAUGUAGUGACGAUGUCAAAACCGCGAUAGAUCUCGCUAAAGCACAAGCUGAUUUGCAAGAUCAGCAGCUUCAAGCCCAAGAACGAAAAGAAGCUCUGAAAACCAGGAGGACGCUGAAAAAUUUCAUAUCACGUCAUGACAGCCAACUCGAUCAAUUGCGGCUACAGAGUACCGAGAGGCAAAUGCGGAUACGGAGACAGAGCCUUCUUGAUGGGCUUUCUUCUUAUAACCAUCAGAGACCGCUAGAGCAAAGUCGUCGGAAGCGGUAUAGUGAUACCACAGAUUGGAUUUUCCAAACAACAGAAUUUCGACGAUGGUUUUAUGGAAGGAGUCCUUUUCUCUGGUGCUCAGGCAAGAUUGGGUCCGGCAAGACUAUUGCCACUGCAAGUAUGAUUGAUUAUAUCUUACUUGACAAGGGACGUUCAGACAGUCUGGUUUCUUUCUUCUUUGUACAAUCUGAUUACCAGGAGUCAUUGAGUGCUGGAACCAUCAUGAGGUCUAUUUUGCGACAAAGACUGGACCCAACACAUUUGUCCACUGAUGUAGAAAGUAGGCUCCAAAACCUCAGCUCAUCUAGUACACUGGAUGAGAUCAUUGAAUUGCUCCGGGAGAUAACACUUGCACCGAAACCCUUUUACGUUAUAAUCGAUGGUUUCGAUGAGUGCGAUAAGCCAGAUCGCCACGAACUCUUGAGGGCACUAUCCUCUCUUGCUUCCCAAGGAUUGAACACGAAGCUGUUUAUAUCCAGUCGGGAUAGCCUCUCGGAAGAGAUCCGGAAAAGCUUUCCUUCACUCGAGCACCUUUCUAUAAGCGGUUUGGCAGCCCAUGAGGGUAUUACAGCUUACAUCAACGGCAUUGUUGAAGAGAAGACACAAAACAUUGAUCUUAGAGUUGGUGAUCCGGGUCUUGUCGAAGAGAUAAAGCAGGCACUAAUUCAAGGCGCUGACGGCAUGUUCCUUUGGGUUACGUUUCAGAUCGAUGAAAUCUGUCUACAGCAUUGCGAUGAGGAUAUCCGCAAUGCUCUCCACAAUCUUCCAAAGGACUUAGCUGAGACGUUUUGUCGAGCGCUCCGACGUAUCAUACAUCGUGGCCAUGCGCAGGCAGCUCAGAAGGUUUUUCCAUGGAUCGCGGCUUCAAAGCGACCGUUGUCUCUUAGCGAACUUCGCGAGGCGAUCUCUGUAGAGAUCGGUCAGCCAUACUCAAGACCAGACCGUCUCUAUAACGACAUGCAGAAUAUCGUUUCAUGGUGCGAGAACCUUGUACAGAUCGACGAAGAGUAUGAACUCGUUCAAUUUGCACAUCACACAAUCAGACAAUUCUUUCUCAAAGAAUCUGCCGAUUCCCACCUAGCAAAAUUUCAUUUCGAUAGUAAGGAUACAAAUCAUCACAUCGGCGAGAUAUGUGUGACUUACCUCAACUUCAACGACUUCAAAACGACCCUUACUAGGCAGCCUAAAGCAACUUUCCUAGGCAAUCCUGCAGAUAUAGCCCAAGUAGCCUUAGGAUCACGAUCAAAACUGGCCUCCAAAAUUCUUUCAAGGCGACGUUCGAAAGCAACUGGGAAAAACAUUGAUAUCGCGUCUGUUAGCAUGUUCAACAGGAAAGAUUCGAUUACAGCCGCCAACGAGAGGCUUCAGGUUGAACACCCGUUCCUGAAGUAUGCGGCAAUCCACUGGAUCUCACACACAUGCGAUUUUCAACAAAAGGAAUCUAAGUCUUGGAACUUGUGGAAACGAAUAAUCAUCGACGUUAAUAACCUGGCAAUCAAACCGUGGGGGGAAGCCGAUUCAUUCGAUGCCAACAACCCCAUUCUGUUGGAAUGGGCCUAUAACGCUCGUCAUUGUGCAUUAAUGCGCCUGGUCAAUACCUCCGACGGGCUCUCCGCAAGUAGAAGAUUGCAAAUGAUACAAAAGUCAGCAAAGGAUCCCAACAUUCCAGUCCUAAAUAUUCUUCUCGAGAAUCAAAGCUGUGGCAGAGAAAUUGACCACUUACUACGAGCAGCUGCAGGACGUGGCUAUCUAGAGGUUAUCAAGAGGCUACUUACUGCUAGAGCCGACGUCAAUGCUAAGGCGGCUGGUAGGGAUGGUCUGACUGCACUACAAGCAGCUGCAAAAGGUGGUCAUCUAGAAGUCGUCGAGAGGCUGCUUACUGCUGGAGCCCACGUUAAUGCUAGUAUGGCUAAAUAUAAAGGCUGGACUGCACUUCAAGCAGCUGCAGAAGGUGGCCAUCUAGAAGUCGUCGACAGGCUGCUUACUGCUAGAGCAGACGUUAAUGCUAAGGCGGCUCGUGAGAAUGGCCGGACUGCACUUCAAGCUGCUGCAGGAGGUGGCCAUCUAGAAGUCGUCGACAGGCUGCUUACUGCUAGAGCAGACAUUAAUUCCGAGGCGGCUCGUGAGAAUGGCCGGACUGCACUUCAAGCAGCUGCAGAAGGUGGCCAUCUAGAAGUCGUCGAGAAGUUGCUUACUGCUGGAGCCCACGUU